GAUAGCGAGUGAGGGAUGGGGAGAUUGCCGGACCGAGUGGAGAGAAGUGUUACUACAGAGCUGCUGUUGCUGCUGGAGGACGAGCUGGGAGCGAGGAUAAUGCUCCAUCCCUCAGCAUACAGCAGCACGCCGGGCUCCUUGUAAUUUCUUGAGGCGGCUGUGGAGGAGGAGGAGGGUCUCCAUUCUUGCAGCAGUGAUUAUCUUUUCUUUUUUCCCCUUUAUCCAGUCUUCAUCAUCUUCCUGCUCGCCCCUCCUCACUCCUUACUCCUUUGCAACUGGCAACCGCUGGGCUCCCCCUUCUCUCUUUUCUACUUGUGUCCCUUUUUCCCGAGGAGGCAUUUCUGUAUUUCUUCUGGGAUUGUAGAAGACAUGUCUCUCUGGGAGUGAUGAUGUUGCCACUUGUGCCGCCCUCUCUGUCGCCAUGACGAUGCCGUUCAGCCCCCUGUCCAGCGACGAGGAGCACCAAAGGAUGCUGGGAAACAAUCGACAUCUCUAUCCAGGGGCAGAGAACGAGGAAGAGGAGGAGGAGGAAGAGGAGGAGGAAAUAGAGGAAGAGGAGCGUGAGGAGGACCAGGAGGAGGAGAAUGGCGAGGGGGAAGAGGAAGACUAUGAAGAGGAGGUGGUGGAGGAGGUCAGGCGAGGCGGCGUGUCGAGGGUAGGCAGGGCUGAGGGACACAGGCAGUCAGGUAAAGUGGCCGGACGACCCACGGGGGACAGACAGGUCCGGACAGGGAACCCUGGACACACCGCAAACCCCUACUCGUCCAAUCCGGGUCCCACGCACCAACCGCCAGCCAAUCACGUUCCGCCGCAGCAGCCGCCGCAGCAGAGGAGGCUGAAGGAGCGCAGCACCGGCUCCCUUCCAUCUGAAGACACCCACAUUGCUAUGAUGGUGUUCCGCAUUGGCAUCCCAGACAUAAAGCAAACGAAAUGUUUGCGCUUUAACCCAGAGGCCACGGUGUGGAAGGCCAAGCAGCAGGUGCUGUGCUCCCUGACCGAAUCUCUGCGGGACGUCCUGAACUAUGGUCUGUUCCAGCCCGCCACUGAUGGUCAUGAUGCCAAAUUCCUGGAGGAGGAGAGGCUGCUCAGAGAGUACCCACAGUCCUUUGAAAAAGGGGUACCAUAUUUAGAGUUUCGAUACAAGACCAGGGUGUACAAACAGACCAAUCUGGAUGAGAAGCAACUAGCCAAACUGCACACCAAGGCUAGUCUGAAGAAAUUCAUGGAUUAUAUCCAAACCAGCGCUGUGGACAAGAUGACGAAGUUCUUAGACAAAGGCCUCGAUCCCAACUAUCAGGACCCUGACACCGGCGAGACGGCUCUGUCCCUGGCGGUGCAGUGUGAGCCGGGUGGAGGGGAGUCCAUCCGGGUCCUGGUGGAGGGGGGGGCUCACAUUGACUUCCGCGCCAAAGAUGGACUCACACCCUUACACAAAGCUGUGCGAGGCCACCGCCAUACAGCCCUGCUGGUCCUGCUGUCCCUGGGUGCGUCUGUAGACUAUAAGGACCGGCGAGGGCUGACACCGCUCUAUCACACUGUGCUGACGGGGGGGGACACCUCCUGCUGUGAAACACUGCUCUACCACCACGCCAAACUGGGCAUCAGGGACGAGAACGGCUGGGACGAGACACAUCAGGCCUGUCAAAAUGGUAACUCGCAGCAUCUGGAGCACCUCCUCUUCUAUGGGGCAGAUUCUUCCUCCCAGAAUGCCUCUGGAAACACUGCCUUGCACAUCUGUGCUUUAUACAACAAGGAAAGCUGUUCGCGAAUACUGCUCUACAGGGGAGCAAAUAAAGACACAAAGAACAACAGUGGGCAGACCGCUUUUCAGGUGGCUGUUAUGUCAGGCAAUUUUGAGCUGGGAGAAAUCAUCAAAAACCACCGGGACACAGAUGUGGUUCCCUUUGUGGAAUCUCCAAAGUACGCCCCGCAGAGGAGAGAGAGCACCCGUACCCUGACGAUACCUCACCCUCACCCCUUCCUCCGAGCAAACAGUGACAGCAGUAUGAACCUCCCAGACUGGAUGGCAGUGCCCAAUGCCCCAGGGACCAAUAUUGUCUCUGUGCAGGGCUAUAAACAUACAGGAACCCUGCGGAGCUCCAGCAGUCCCAGAGGGGCGAGGACGCGCUCCCCGUCCCGAGGAAGAAUCGGAGACAAGGAGGACCGGAGCAGGCAGAGUCGGAGACCGGGGCCUGCCCCUGCCACCACGGCUGCACAGACCGCAGGCCAGCGGAGACGCCUUUACAGUGCUGUCCCAGGACGAGUCUUUGUAGCUACUCGAUCACAUUCUGCCCAGGGAGAGCGGGAAAUCAGCUUUAAUAAGGGUGAAAGGGUCAAAGUGUUGAGUGUUGGCGAGGGCGGGUACUGGGAGGGGACGGUCAGGGGGCGCACAGGCUGGUUCCCCUCUGACUGUGUGGAGGAAGUGAUGCUUCGAAGCCAAGACAACCGAUCAGAGAGUCGUGGAGAGCGGGCCAAAAGGCUGUUCCGUCAUUACACGGUGGGAUCCUAUGACAGCUUUGAUGCUCCCAGUGACUACAUAAUAAAGGAGAAGACAGUGCUUCUACAGAAAAAGGACAGCGAGGGUUUCGGCUUUGUGCUAAGAGGAGCCAAAGCUCAGACUCCUAUCGAGGAGUUCACCCCCACCCCGGCUUUCCCUGCUCUGCAGUACCUGGAGUCUGUGGACGAGGGAGGGGUCGCCUGGAGAGCCGGGCUCAGGAUGGGGGAUUUCCUGAUAGAGGUCAAUGGUCAGAAUGUGGUGAAGGUCGGUCACCGACAGGUCGUCAACAUGAUCCGGCAGGGGGGAAACAGCCUUAUGGUGAAAGUUGUCAUGGUAACCCGCAACCCCGACAUGGAGGAGGGUUCGAGGAAGAAAAUCCCCCAGCAGAGCAAGAGGCUGAGCACCCCCGCUAUCGCCCUACGAUCCAAAUCCAUGACUUCAGAACUGGAGGAGAUGGUAGAGAGAGCUGCUACCCCUUGGAAAAAAAAAUCAGAAUUUGAAUCCUCCCAAGUCACAGAGAAGAAGAGGACAGUCUAUCAGAUGGCUUUGAAUAAACUAGAUGAAAUUCUUGCAGCAGCUCAGCAGACCAUCAGCACCAAUGAAGCACCAGGGACACGGGGACAGGGGCCAAAAAGAGACAGAGGACGAAGUGUCUAUGGCAAUGAGCCAAACUACGGGGAUCAGUCUGGGAUGGGGAUGAUGUCGUCUGGGUUGGGCCUCGGCUAUGACCGUGGCCAGUUCACCUCAGGUCACGGCCCACCGCACGGUAUGCUGCGGCAGAAGUCCAUCGGGGCGGUUGAGGACGAAAGGCAGUUCCUGCAUCCUCCAGCCAUGAAGUUUGCUCGCAGUCUGUCAGUGCCCGGCCCAGACGAAAUCCCCCCUCCUCCCACCACAGCACCACCAGAACCUCCAUUCUCCUCUGCUCCGCCACUUGGUUGGAGAGCUAAGUCCUCCCAGCAGCCCUCUGUCUCUGUGUCCCAGUCCACAGCCACCUCUGCACACUACCAGCCCUACUCCCAGCCAGUGCACUUCACCCACGGGGGCAGGGAAAGGGAAGGGGGUCCCAGCACUGGCCCCAGUGGUGGAGCAGUGGACCACACCACCUCAUAUGCACACGCAGCUGCCCAUACUGCUCAAAGCAGGACUGCUUCGAGGAAAGUUGCCUAUACUGGAGAGCCUGGUGGAGCUGGGUCAGGGGCUGGUGGAGGGGCUGGAGGAGGGGCCAAGGCAGCAGGUCUUAGAAGAGGCUACAGCACAGCGGUCCCCCCCUCCAGCAUUGCCACUGUAAUGCCCCAGCAACAGCAGCCUGCCCAGAGCCAAUCCCAUCGCGCAGAGCGCAGUGCAGCUGGAGCAGGCGGUCCUAAAGGAGGGGCCCGGAGAGGUAAAGGCCCCCUGGUGAAGCAAUCCAAGGUAGAAGACCUGCGCUUGAGCCAGGGUACACUGGGGGGAAAAGGCACAGUGGAGAAAAGCUCCAUCCCCAUCCCCACAAUAAUUGUCAAGGCCCCUUCAACCAGCAGCAGUGGGCGCAGCAGCCAAGGCAGCAGUGUGGAGGCCGAUGUUCCUGCAUCAGGGGAGGCAGAUGAAGCCAAAACAGCUCAUGGUCCUCCCCCCUCCAGUCCUGCUCCGCAGCCCCCUGCCCCACCUUCCAUCCCAGCACCACCGCCUCCAUCCUUACCCUCAAUGCGUGCCCAGGAUAAUAUGGACUAUACUAGCCAGUUUGGUGCUGCCAUUGUUGGCGCUGCUCGCAGAGACAGGGAACGGUUUCAUGAACUCCGCCGAAAGGGUUCCUCAAUGUUCAUGUCUGCUGAUGAGGACGUGAUUCUUGGGGGAGGGAGUGAUGGCAUUUCAAGGACUCAAGUGUCGCAGCAACAGCUUAGCACACAGGCUGAAAGCUCAUCAACACGGCUGCGCCCCUCCAAGUCUAUUGAUGAGGGCAUGUUCUCUGGGGACAGCUUUAUCCAUCACACCCGCAGUAUGCCUCCAGCCUUUGACCUACCUGAGUACUCCUCAGCUGCCCAGGACUAUCAGCCCAAAUCUGUACCUACUGACCUUUACACUGGCAGGCAGUCCGCAUCCUCUAGUAAAACCACCUUCAUUCACCCUCUAACAGGAAAGGCUCUUGACCCCACAUCCCCCCUAGGUCUCGCCCUCGCUGCGAGAGAGCGUGCUCUGAGGGAUGACAGCAGGUUAAGGAGGGGAACAGAGCCCCACUUCACCCGCCAGAUAUCGAGUGGGGGGUUUCCUUCUUCUUCUGUCACCUCUCAGCCAGUGUCUUCCACCGCCCAGUCCUCCAGCUCCUCUUACCUGGUCACCUCAUCUUCUUUGGCUGCUACCACGGCCACUGUUGGCCGCCCACCCUCACCCAGAAUCCUCAGAGGAGUCGGGAGUGUGUGGAAUGAGGAAGGCGGUGGAGGAGAGAGAGAGCGGGAAGGAGGAGGGGCACGUGAGGGGCUAAGAGUUCGCUUUUCUGAAGAUAAAACGGUCCACACACACCACUACCAGUCUCAGCCGUUUCAGCCAUCCUACAAGGAGAGGGAGCGGGAGAGGUCGAGGGAGCGGGAGAGGUCGAGGGAGCGGGAGAGGUCGAAGGAGAGGGAGAUGUCAAGAGAGAGAGAGAGGGAACAAGAGAGGGAGGGUUACUUAAGAAGGGCAGAGCAGGCUGCUGAUAGUGCUGCUCAACAGGGGUCCCAGCAGCCUCAGAGACCCUCUUUUCUCAGGAUGGAAAGUCAAGCUGAUGCCUAUAUCUUGUCCCUCACCCCUCCCUCUCCUCCCCCUACCGGUACUCAGCAGACAGCCAGCAGUACUGGGAGCACUGGGUCUGGUUUGAUGGUUCUUCCUCCCCCUGCCCCUUCAAUUGAUGCGGACGAUGAGUUUGUCUACGCAGACCCUCUCCCACCUCCGUUACAGUUUGCUAACAGCUUCGACAGGGGGAUGGGGGGAAUGUCAGGGUACUCGCAACACGGGAUGCGCCCCAACAGCCUGCUUUCCCGCCAACAGCAGGUCCCGCCCCCUCCACCUCCACCUCCUCCUCCACCACCUCCCCCUCCAACAACCCAAAAAGAAUCAUUUAUAGGUGGGUUUCCUGCUCACACACCCCUGCCCUCACCUCAGGCAGGGGACUCCACUGCCUCCAGCCUCACAUCGUAUGACAGCGAGGUGGCUAACCUGACUCAGUCCGCUCACUCCCCCUCCCAAACCUCACCCAACCCUCUGCCCUCUCACUCGCCCUCUACCCUGCAGCCCACCUCAGCAUCGAGACCUCCGCCUCCCCCCUCAGUCUCGCCACCGCCUCCUCCUGGAUCCUAUCACAGACCCUUCUCUAUGUCCCACCCCCACCACCUUUACAACAGCUCUCACACGCCUGGGCGCUCCCCCACGCCUCCCCCACACACAGUCACGCCCCCCCCGGCCUACCGUGGUCCCCAAGCCCCCUCCACCACUGCUGCCACCCCCGCUCCACAUAGGGGCGCUGCCUCACAUGCCAUGACCGCUAGCUGUGCCGCUACAACCACCGCUGCUGCCACCACAACAAGCACCUCCACUCAGCUCUACCAGGAGCGCACACACACCACACACACAACAUCUUCCACUGCCAUUAGUCGCAAGACAGGGGAGCACCGCCGUCCCAGCCCCACUACCAAGAAAGGAGAGUCCCUGGAGACGGUAGUGGACUCUGGGAUUGAAGAGCUGGACAGCCGCAGCAGCAGUGACCACCACCUGGACAGCAUCCUGGCCGGGGUCCGGGGAGACAGGCUGGACCGUGGGGAGAGGGGAGGACGGAUGGGAGGACAGGGCGGGACAGGGGAAUCAGAAAGGGGAGGAGAUUUUCUGGAGUCCUAUAUGAGCUAUCUGGACGGACAAUCUUUUGAGAUGCAGAAUGCGACAGCAGCCACCUCCACCUACCCGAAAAGCAACAGGUUCAGAGAGGGAGGUCGCACCAGUGACAUCCACAGGCAGACCAGCACUGCUCCUGCAUCCUUCCACUCCCACAGACAAAGGGAGGAGCAGACGGAGGACGAGGCUGAUGACGGAGUGGAUGAAAGUGGCAGGGAUCGGUAUGGCUCGAGGGACAUGCAUUUGGGACGUCCCGUUUCACCGUACUUUGAUCGCCCUCGCACCCCUGAGAUGAAGCCUCUCUGGGACGAGGGGCAAAUGGCCGGUGACCAAUCUGCAGCACUUUUAGAGGGGAAGAAGAUUUACCCUCCUGCAUCCAGUAUGAAGCCAAGCAUCAUAAAUGAGCUGAACAGUAAACUGCAGCAAAGAACCAAGGAGACCUGGAGCAGCCAGAGAGCGCUGAGCAGACACAGAAGCAGAAACAGAUUUUCAGAAGACUCAGCCUCAGCUCUGAGCCCCCCCCCAGCUCGAUCCACGUCACCGUCUCCGAUUUCAUUAUCGCAGCCAUCAUUGUCCCCGUCCCCGACCCCGACCCCUACUUCCCAGUACCCUAACUGGGGACGUUCCCCAUCUCCUCAACCUCAAGUUGCCUCUCAGCCUCCACGUUCCCAAUCCCCCCUGUCCCCAACAGGUUAUGCUCCUUACCCAACUUCCCCCAAACACAGACCUGUCUACCGGACCAAAGCACUAGAAUUUCAGUUCAUCCCGAGUCGAGAGUCCCGUAAAGCAGAGUCACACAUGAUGCAGCGUAGGCGAGCACCCAGCCCCCUCAUCUCCCCCUCAGAGAGGCCCAAGGUGGAUCCACCACGACCAUCUUCCCUCCCGCUGCUCCCUACCACUCCUCUCUACAGUGCUAUGUACGACCUCCGGGGUUCAGUUACCCCACCAUCACCUGGAAACCCUCUUGGAGAUCCUUACUUCUCGCCUUCCCCUCCCCUGUUUGCCCCUUCUGGUGCCCCUCCUCCUCCAAACAACGCUUUAGUUGUUUCUCGCUCCCUCUCCCCAACUCACUUCCUGUCAGGGACCUCUUCUCCGCCCAUGCAUCCUCACCCUCCACCUACAUGCCUGAGUUAUCCCCAUCUACCGCCCCCUUCCCCUACAAAGCCUUUUGCCGCCAAGCCGCUGCCCUACUGGACCAAGUACGAUGUUGCAGACUGGUUAGGAUACCUGAACCUGGGAGAGCACAGAGAUCGUUUCCUGGACAACGAAAUUGACGGCUCCCACCUGCCCUCCCUAACAAAGGACGACUUUCUGGAUCUGGGUGUAACACGUGUCGGCCAUCGCAUGAAUAUAGAGCGUGCCCUGAGGACAGUAAUGGACAGGCUGUCCAGCAGCCCAUUUCCCAUUUCUGUUCUCUCACCUCGGGAUGGACAGAUUGACAGGAGGAGGGACGAUGGGAGUCGGAGCUGAGGUUGCAAACGCAGAGGCAGGAGAGAGAGGAAGAAGGAAAGAAGGGUUUGAGUCAAUGAGGGAGGAAGGCACAACUGCUGCUAUCCAUGGUGGAUUCACACAACAAAUUAGGGGGGAACAUAUUUACAGAGAGCGACAAAAAGAGGGAGGCAAUUCCCAAAGGGAGAUGGAAACACAUGGAAAAAGAGCUGAUGAUCCAUAAAGAAGCCGGCUGGCGCUCCCCAAUUGUGGCACGCUGAUUUACACAAGUACACUCCCCAUAUGCAUGCACUGUCACACCCAUCAACAAACAAGUAACACAAAUACAGUUUAGUCCAAAAUGCAUACGAAGACACUAUGGCGAGAGCAGAUAUAACAAGGGAAGCGAUGAAACCGAACCAAAUACUUGACAGGAACAAUCAAAAGCCUGUUAGAUUUCUAGAAUAAAAUCAAGCAGGUUUUGAUGUUGUCGAGUUUGAAAAUAAGAAAAGGUGUCCGUCAGUGUGCAGCUGUUUGUUGCUCUAACCCCUCAGCCUGCUGGUUAAAUCUGUUCAGGUUUAAGAGUGGAGCCCACCAAGAACAUUUAGAGUGCAAUCAAUGACAACCCUGCCCCGUGUGAAUGGAUGUUAGUUUUCAAAUAUGUGUGAAUAUCAUUGAGGAAUGCAUAUUUGAGGGUGAGGCUGCAGGUGUGAUGCUUUGUCUAACUGCAUGGUCAACGUAGGAUGGCGCAGGGCAGUAAAUCAUGUAGACCGAUAACUGGCGUCCUUGAUUUAAAACCAAGGAUGCUGGCUUGGGUUCGGCUUUAAUUGGUUUACGUCCUGUUUUUACCUCACCGCUGGUAGGGCUCCUUCCUCACUGCAGAUCCUGUGAUCAGGAUCUGCAGUGUUUCUCUAUAGCUCUUUAUCAUCUGCAGUCUUAUAACGACAUAUAUACAGACUGGUCACUGUAUCACACAUUUGUAGCAAAAAUAAGUGCCCAGACCAACAAAAUAAUAUAAAAAAUGUAAACACUGAUACACACACAGGCACCCGUGUUAUACUAUACACGCCUGCAUGCAUACACCAACAUGUAGACGAACACAUACCCACAAGCACUUGCAAGUGGUUGUGUUAGAGUUUAUGGGACACCUUAUAUAUAGACACACUAUAUGUUUGGAUCCGAGAUAUACUUAUACAAAAGGAGACAGACUGUGCUUUCAACAAUGUGAAGAGAUAUCCCUCGAGGAUUUUAUUUAUGGAGAAAGACUUCCGUAGCGUCGGGACAACUGUUGAACAACCAUUCAGAACUUCCGUCCGAGGGAGACUGGAAAGGAGAGGGGAGGGGAAGAGGAAAAACUGCCAUUUACUUGCUCUUUCCCAACCAAUCCCCCCUUCUCCUUCCAGGAGAGCCCUCCCCCCCCUCUCUCGACUAAAUCCAGGAGGAAACAAACAGCCACCCGGCCGAGGAGAUCUGAGAGAAACGCUUAUAUCGAGUUUUAAUACUAUGAUUGUUCUUACAAUUUUUAAACUUUAAAUGGGAAUACUGGAAUACUGAUAUUGAUAUGAAGAGAUGUAUUAUUAGUAUAUAUCAUUACUUUCAUCGUCCUUACUGUUAUAGUUUCAGAGGGUUCCUGCUUUCUGCCUUUGGUGGCUGAUAUGGCGCUUUGGGCAGUACGUUUAUUUUCUGACUGUGAUGAAGAAAAUUGUCUUGGUUAUAUAUAUAAAUAUAUAUGUGUUUACUAUAAAUAGGUAUUUUUGAAUUGAAGAUGCAUAUUAUUUUGUGCACGGUACCCUUAACAUUGCUUCUAUGUGAUAAGAAGCAUUGCAACUUAAUGUGAAGCACAUUUCAGAUACACUUUCUUUUUCUUUCUCCUUAGGCUACUGCUUCUCUUUUGUCAAACUGUGAGGCAUUUGACAAGGACAAUAAUGGCUUAAAUAUAUAUUUGUUUUCUCUUUUAAAAGUUAGUCGCCAACUUAAUAAUAUGCAGAUACUGAAUGUGUAGCAACUCUUACAUUAGGGAUGCCAAUACAAAAAGUAAAAAUCUAUGUCAUUGUUUUUCCAAAUCAUAUUGUACUAAAUGUCUUCUAUUUCUCCAUCAGCUUCCACUGCACAUGUACAUCGCCUUACAACUUCAGUCCUGAUUUCUCACUGUUGAUGAUAUCAAAUAUAAGGGCUCUCUCACGACUUCUCUACCUUGAACAACAGCUCACCUCUCCUGCUGCUUCGAGUCCUCAAACACAUAUCACAUGUGCGAUUUACAUCGAGGUGUAGAUGGAGAGUUUCCUUACUGCUAUCUAGCCUCACUGUUUUUGCAAAAAGAUAAAUUAUUUUUCAAAAGUGCACAUACACACAAGCACGUGAAUGAGCAAAAGUGGUUUUGUCUCCGUAAUUGCUUGGUGCUGGUGGUCAAGGAGGGAUUUUAUUUGAAUGCAGGGGAAAUGGCAAUAAGGACGAUGAAAACAAUGGUCAUCUAAUUAUGGUUCAAGAUGUAAAAAAAAAGUCUCAAAAGUUCUAAAGAAUCUCUGUCUUCCAAAUAAUGUUUAACAUAAAGCUACAAUGUAUUUAUUUAACUGUUGUGCUUUCUAUACAGUUUGACUUGUUCUCUACAUCUUCCACUGUUAAUGACCUGACAGUAUGAAGAGCUCCAGUCGGUUUCCCACCAUUUGCAUCUACAUGGCAUUUUCUGCAGUCGUGCAUAUGUGCUGUCUAUGCUCACAGCUAAUUGUUUAUUACCAGCAUAUUAUGCAAUGACCCUAUUUCCAUUAGCAACUUUGGCUUUUCACAUUUCCCUUUAAAGGUUUUAAAGUGUUUUUCAUCUAAAAGGGCGUGUUUCUGAUCGGGUGAACAAGCAGAACGUGGCAUCCUUUCCAAACUUAUUUCAGAGCCGAGUUGUACAUGUCCCCUUCAGGUCUCUAAAACAUUUGCUAGUGAAAAUAAGGCCAAUUAAUAACUGUGGAUAAGACAUCUUGAAAUAAUCACAUACUGAUAAAAUGAUGUUCACAUUAAGUUAUAUUAACAUAUUUUUUGGAGAAUUGUCCUUAAUCCUUUCUUUGCAUUUUAAAAGUAAUGAAUAUAUAUGGUGGCUCAUCGUUGCCGUCAGGAGAACAAGAUGGAAUUGGUCUGACUCUAUAGAAAGCAUUUAUUUUCCUUUAAGAGAUCUUUUAAAAUAUGAGAAUAUGAAUUGGUGAAAGGCAACUUACAGAAUAUAUAUGUAUAUGUGAUAUGCAUAUACACAUGAAUUUCAAAUGUUUUAAGAGAUAAUAAAUUGUUAGAAUUAUAAGGAUACAAAAACAAAGUUCUAUUUUAUUUUUUCUGUAAUGAAAAAUGUUUUAUUUCCACCUGGACACCUACAGUAUAUUUACCCUGUGGAGUUUGGAAAUCAUUUCUAAACAUUUUUUACUCACUUUAAGGUCCCAAAUGUAUCAUCACGCCAGCAAACAGUCAUCAUGUUAAUUUGGGUAUAUGCUAUGUACUUUAACAGAGUGAGAUCAAAUCCAUUAUUAGUGAUAUCAAAUCUAUUUCAACAAAUAAAACAUUCAUUCCAUGCCCCUGCACAUUAAGCUAACUCCAAGUGUUUUAUUGAUACCCUGUAUUAGAACAAUUGAGUAAAUCACUUGAAGGCCAUAAACAGAAAUGGUAGUUUAUGCAGUGGUUAUGAUAAUCUGUAUU